GUCCCAUUCUGGGAAAACUCCUCCCUCGGCGCGCUCCGCUCCGCUCGGCUCAGCUCGGCUCGGCGCGCCAGCCCCCCGGCGGCGGCGAAGCGCGUGCGGGCCGGCGCGGGGUGGGCUCCGGCGGCCGCCCGCCCUCCUCCCUGCCCGGCCGGUGGCCCGGGCCGCCGCGGGGCCGCGCGCGCUGACCCCUGUCGUCCCGCAGCGCUGUCGCCGCCCUCGGGACCUCGGCGAGGAGUUGGCGCGCGCUGCGGACCCCGUGGAGCCGGCUUAGCGCCUCCGCCCCCCCCUUCCCCGCACCUUGGGACCGGUAAGGCUGCGGCGCGGCGCGGGGACUCCAGGACCUCGCCCGAGGGCCGGCGUCGGCGGUGCGUGAGGAGCUCUCCCGGCACGUGGAGGCGGCGCGGACCUCUGGCCGGGCCGGGGGUGGAUGCUCGGGGCUCUCGGGAAGGGGGUCCCGGAAGCCGAAAGGCCCAGAAGCAGAACCGAGAGCAGCGGCGGUCGGAGAGACCCAGCACCCAUGCCUCUUUUCUGCCGGGCCCUUUUCCGACUUGGAAGAGCGAGCCCUGGAGGUCCAACGGGCGCUCCUCCAAGCGGAGCCUUGGAGGGCAAGGCCGGCACCAUUACCUCCAACGAGUGGAGCCCUCCUAACUCCCCUGAGGGGAGCAACGUCUCUGGGGGCAGCCAGGCAUUGGACAAGCCCAUCGACAAUGAUGCGGAGGGUGUAUGGAGUCCGGACAUCGAGCAGAGCUUCCAGGAGGCCCUGGCCAUCUACCCGCCUUGCGGCCGCCGCAAAAUCAUCCUCUCGGAUGAGGGCAAGAUGUACGGUCGGAAUGAGCUGAUUGCCCGCUACAUCAAGCUCCGGACAGGAAAGACCCGCACCAGGAAGCAGGUCUCCAGCCACAUCCAGGUGCUGGCCCGUCGCAAAGCCCGCGAGAUCCAGGCCAAGCUAAAGGACCAGGCAGCUAAGGACAAGGCCCUGCAGAGCAUGGCUCCCAUGUCGCCCGCCCAGGCCAUCUCCGCCACAGCCUUCCACAGUAAAAUGGCCCUCGCCCGGGGCCCAGGCCACCCAGCAGUCUCAGGGUUCUGGCAAGGAGCUUUGCCGGGCCAAGCUGGAACAUCCCAUGAUGUGAAACCUUUCUCUCAACAAACCUACGCUGUCCAGCCUUCGCUGCCUCUGCCAGGGUUUGAGUCUCCUGCAGGACCCGCCCCAUCGCCCUCAGCGCCCCCGGCACCCCCAUGGCAGGGCCGCAGUGUGGCCAGCUCCAAGCUCUGGAUGUUGGAGUUCUCUGCCUUCCUGGAGCAGCAGCAGGACCCUGAUACGUAUAACAAGCACCUGUUUGUACACAUUGGCCAGUCAAGCCCAAGCUACAGUGACCCCUACCUCGAAGCCGUGGACAUCCGCCAGAUCUAUGACAAAUUCCCAGAGAAAAAGGGGGGACUCAAGGAGCUCUUUGAACGGGGACCUUCCAAUGCCUUUUUUCUUGUGAAAUUCUGGGCAGACCUCAACACCAACAUCGAGGAUGAAGGCAGCUCCUUCUACGGAGUCUCCAGCCAAUAUGAGAGUCCGGAGAACAUGAUAAUCACUUGCUCCACCAAGGUCUGCUCCUUCGGCAAGCAGGUGGUAGAGAAAGUGGAGACCGAGUAUGCCCGCUAUGAGAAUGGCCACUACUCAUACCGCAUUCAUCGGUCCCCACUCUGCGAGUACAUGAUCAAUUUCAUCCAUAAGCUGAAGCACCUGCCCGAGAAAUACAUGAUGAACAGCGUGCUGGAGAACUUCACCAUCCUGCAGGUGGUCACCAACAGAGACACGCAGGAGACCUUGCUGUGCGUUGCUUAUGUCUUUGAGGUGUCAGCCAGCGAGCACGGGGCUCAGCACCAUAUCUACCGGCUGGUGAAAGAAUAAGAGACUCAGGGAGCAGGGAGGGGGGAAGUGACAUCGUGUGUGCAGGGACAUGGGGAGGGGAUCUGUGGGGGCGGCCCCUGAAGUGCCAGGAGAGCUGAGAGGUCAUGACUCUUCCUAUCCAGGAACAAACUGUGCCUGAACCUGCAAUGCCCAAUCCCAAAUAAACCCAAGAUGGUGUGUAUUUUCAGAGGACCUGAUCUGGCUGUAUGAGCCUCGGGAGGGACUGUGGGAGAAGGGGAACCGACUGGGAAGCAGGCCAGAAGCAGUUCCCGAAAUCCCCAGUGGACUCAGCCAGGAACGUCGCCAGAUGCUGAAGCUCAAGAUAGGAUGGCUCCUCUGCUGCUAUCGAGUCCUGCACUGUGCUGCUGGCCACCCUGGGAGGCCCGAGGAUAGGCUCGCGGGUUCUCUGUUCCUCCUCUGCUGUCAUCGAGCCCUGCACUGUGCUGCUGGCCACCCUGGGAGGCCUGAGGAUAGGCUUGUGGGUUCUGUGCAUAUCCAUGUGUGCACGUGCGGGACUUGUGCACGGCCCUGGCCACCUCUGUUGCCCCUUCCCCAGCACAGUUAGCAGGGAGGCUUGGUCCAGCCCGGGGGUUGGAUUUGGGGUGUGGAGGUGACAGUUGUUGGAAAGGUUGGAAGGGGACACAGCCAGAGCUCUCUAGAUAGUUUCUAUCCAUCCAUCCCCAGUGGGCAUAGAUUCCAUGGUCAUGCUGGCUGCUUCGGAGUAGCUGUCGCAGAUCAUAGGAGCUUGAGACAGGGAGGGUGAGAGGGGUGGCAUGGAAGCCAGCCUGCAGAGUUUAGGUGGUGAGGCUGGUAUCACACAGCACCCUUUGUGGGGGGUGAAGGCCAAGAAAAUGGGUCAGAGGUCUGCAGUGCACCAGUGGUCUCUGAGACCACACAGUUCUGAUGAUCUGUGAGUCCUCCCUGGGCUCCCCUCCACCCCCAGCCGGGGUGCCUGCUGGGUGGUGACUGCCUCGGAGUCAGUCCAGACUGUCCACUCCCUCCCCAGACAGUAGUAGUUUCUGUACUCCCUGUGGGUGGAGGAGGGGGGUGAAACCCUCUCUGGGCCUUGAGGGAACCAGUGAAGGGUUCCCUGGUUCAUCUGUUUUGAGAAGUGCAUGGGCUUAGGGUUUUGGUGGUCCUGGCUUCAGUCCUGGUAUUUUUUAGCUGUCUGACCUUGGGCAAAUUUCUCUACCUGUCUGAGCCUUAGUGUCCUUUGCUCUCUCUAAAAGGGAAGGCAAUAGUACCUACCUUAGAAGGCCUUAGUGAGAAAGAGAGCUAAUGUCUAUAAAAGUGCCUGGUGCAAGAUGCACUAAUUAAGUGUUGUUAAUUAGUUUAUCCCUCCCUUCCUUCAGGGGGGCCUGGGCCUGGCUCUUUGCUGCCAUCUAGUGGCCCUCUGUUAUCAUCCACAGCAGGAACCACAAUUCCAGCAACCUGGAGCAGAAGGGGAAGAAGAUUCAACCUACCAGUGUUUACUUUGUGUCCAGCACUCAGGGAGAUAUAUUAUGGGAAUACAAAAGUGAGUAAAAUAGCAUUUAGGAGGUGUUAUGGUGGUUAGGAUCAAGGGCUCGAGUCAAACAGCUAGGAUUGGAAUCCUGGCACUCAGCCACUGACUAGCUAUGUGACCUUGGGGGGCAAGUUACUUAAUGUCACUAUGCCUCAGUUUCCCCAUCUGUAAAAUGGGUAUAAUAAGAGUACCUACCUCGUAUACGUAGAGUGCCUAGCAUAGUGCCGAGCACAUAAGUAUGUUUGAUAAAUAUACAUUAUUAUUCAUAGCAGGAGCUCGCAAUCUAAAAAGCCAGAUUGGAUAACUCUUAAGUGGGGUUGGCUGGUCCUCACAGAAACUGGAGUUCAGAGAUGGUAGAGAGCAGGGUGUGGAAGAUCCAGGGAAGAGGUUGCGAUUGAGAGGGGCUGCCCCUUAAAGGGUUUAGAUAAGCAAUGUUUAGAUCAGCAGAUAGGAUGAGGGCUGGCCAGUGCUCCAGAUGGGGAAAAGAAGCUGGCUAUCCAGUUUUCUACCUCACAGGCCAGGACUGCCACUUCUCAUCAAGAAGCAACUUUAAGCAGACGCCUCUGGACGGCUGCUAGACCUCGUGCCAAGUUACAUAACUGCACUCUAUGCGGGGCCGGCUCGCAUCAAAAGAUGUGAUGUGGAGGUGGGGCCUGGGGUCCGGGAGUGUCUGAGCAGACCACAUGUGCUCACGUGUCCGUGGGCGGGUUUGUGUGAGCCUGUCCCACCCCACCCCUAGUCACUGUCACAAGCCUUGCCCUCUCUCCGCAUCUUUCCCCUCAGGCUAUUUGGAUAAGGGGCACCUUAUGCCUACACUUCUAGCUUGACUGUGAACCUCUAGGUAAAUAUGCAGGAAGGAUGUGUGAGCAGCCUCUUGGCCGUGGCACAAAUGCACGAGUCAAGGAGAUGAUCUUUUGUGUUAUGGGUGGAAAGGAGUCAGUGCAGGUGUGGGGGCCAAGUGUUGGCUGUGCAUUUUCCCUUUUCUUUAUGACCUGACCUCAGUAGCUUAAUGGAAAGUCAUGUACUUACAGCCGUAAGUUCCAGGCCAGUCAGCCACAGGAAUGCAGACGUAGGUGCCUUUCCCCUGGUGCAGUGCAGACUGCGGCCAUGGGGGCAAGUGGGAGCCCUGGCCUGGCCCGCCUCUCCUGCUAGGCAUCUCUGACACUGACUGCCCUGCGGCCCGAGGUGGGUGCCCUUCCCUGCCUUUCGGCCUUGGCACCAAAUGUUCCCCUGGCCAGUUGUGCCCUGCCCUUCUCCCACUGGAGAACUGUUACAUUCUUCAGGAGCUGGUGUACACUCACCCCUUCUCAUGCAGAAGGGUUAGCCACACCUGCCCUUAUGCGGCAGAAGCCUUCUAUUCCUGACCCCUUGGACACCUGUGACAUGGUACCAGAACAUAGGCACCCUGUCACCUCUUCUAAUCCUCACCCAGUGGGUAUUGUGCUGUCCCCCUUUGAAAGAUGAGGAAAGGGGCACAGAGAAGUAAACUAACUUGCUUAGAGUAUUAAUGCAUUUUUUUCAUUCAGUUAGCAAAUAUUUACUUAAUUUCUGCUCUGUGCCAGGCACUGGGAACAUAUCACUGACCAAGACAGAUGUGGUCCCUGGGGAGCUUACAUUUCAUUGAGGAGGGAAACAAAGCACAUGACAGGAUGUGCAGACCAUGGCAAGUGCUUUCACGGCAGUGAGGGGUGCUGAGAGUCACUGGGAAAGCCUCUCCCGCCCGGGGAAGGUGAGGGAAGGCAUUCUGAGUAGAGGCAGGGAGGUUUGGGUGCAGGGCAGGUGCAGAGAGGAGGUUUGUGCCAGGUACAGAGAGCAAGAGCUGCACAGGCUAAGGUACGGAGGCAGCAGGGGCUAGAUCCUGGUCGGGCCAGCCGCCCAGACUGGGGUGGGGGCCAGGGUGGGGGCCAGGCAAUCCAACUUCCUCCGCAGCCCAACACCCCCUUGCUUGGCAAGGUCUUUGGGUUUUACUCCUUGUGAAGGGAGAUCCUGGAAGUGUUUGAAACAAGCAGUAAAUAUUUUUGGUCUUUAAUCUUUGCCUUUUUUUUUUAGAAAUAAAUGGUGGAGCUGCUGUGGACCACAGAGAAGCACAUGUAAUUGUCUGCUUCUGAGUCUGUCUUUCCUCUUAGACUCAGCUUCUGUGGGUGGAGACUGUAGCUUCCUUGGUCUGUUGCUUUCUGUAAACCAAACACCACAUCUGGAACAUAGCAGGUGCUCAGUAAGCAUGUGCUGAAGGAGUGCACACAUACAAGGCAAUGUGAUCCUUGCCAUUGGGGCCUGGGAGGUGAGUGAGGGCUCUGAGCCCUCUGGACCCCUUUGCCCUCUCAACACAUCUAGAGGUAGCAGGGAGUGUCACUGAGAUAGGGACGUGGAAACAGACCUCCUGUCUCCUGGCGUCUGACAGUGACUAAGCAGAUUGCCUCAGGGGCCCCCAGUGAACUUCCAUAGAGUGAGAUGAUCUUCCUAAUGAGAGAAACUCACACAGAAGGACCUUAGGGUGCAUGUGCAUGCAUGUGCGUGUGGAUACCAACUCUGCCCUUUUGGGACUAAAGCCAGUGGAGUAAGGAUCAGUGGCGGCUGUAUCAGGCUGCUCAUAGACUAUUUGUGCUUAAUCCAUCACUUGUGCCCUCUAACCAGCUGUAGGCUUCAGAGGACAGUGGGCAGGGUGAGAACGGGCUGGAAGUAGGAGGGCAGGCAUUUCAUAUAAGCAGGGGUGGGGGCAGCAGGGAGCUCCUGACAGUCUGCAGCAUUGGGCCUGGUGCAGGGCUCCCAGCUCACCUGGGCUGAGUCUGCACAGAGGGGGGAUGUGUGAAAGAGCAGUGGUGUGUUUUACCCCAGGGGCAGUUAUGCCCAGUGACCACUGUGUUUGACUCUUUCUUACAUUGUCUGUUAUGUCCGCUCCAAAAAUGAAAACAAAGAGCUUUUCCCUAAAGAGUUCAAUCUCUAUGUAAGUUGUUCUUAAGAACUAAAACCCUAGAGCCAGGUUGCUGGAGGGCCAAAUUGCUUCUAAGUUAUGUGAUCUUGGGCAAACAGCUUACCCUCUCAGAGCCUUCAUAACCCUAUUUGUGAAAUGGGAAGAAAAUGGCUCUGACUUUAGGUUGCUAUCAGCAGAAAGGUGACAGAGUAUAUGUGAAGGAGUAGCACUGUGCCUAGCUCACGCGAGCACUCAGUGAGUGGUCAUAACUUAGGUAUAUUAAAGCCUGCACUGACUGUUCUUCCCACCAGGAAAGCGCACGCGUGCGUUUAGGGGGGAGAAAAGCUCUGCUCUAAUUUCUCCCAGAGCCCAUAAGGAGGCCAGGGGCUCUUAGUUUAGUGGGAACUGUCCAGCACAGACACAAUGCUUAGAGUUUCAUCCUCAGGCCUCAGAAAUGGUCAAGGAAGUGUUCUUAAAUGAGGAAAAUAACUUUGUAGCCCAUGAGGGGAAGGAGACCCCAAGGAAGGGUCUCGAAAGGGAGCACAGAACAAAUGGUGGGCUAAGAGACUGUCCAGAAUUUAGAUUUACUUCCCAAGAGAGGAUGGGGGAGGUGGUCCGGCCCCUUUGCAGAAGGCUGGAGCCCAAUGGGUGGAAAUGGCUAAAGGUCUUUUUAUUUUUAAGCUCAUGGAUGUCUAAUAUUCAACUUUAAGGGUUUUCUUUUUUUUUUUUUUUUUUUGUAUUUUUGCUAUGUAACCCCCCUUUGUCUCCCCAAAUCUUCAGUAAAGUCUGCUACAUACACAAA